ACUGCGUUACCCACUCCAGACAGCAGAUGGCGAUGAGCGUCUUUCAGGUGAUGAUUCUUCCGUGACGUAUAAUGGACUGGCCGGGACCCUUCUUCAGGAACAACAAGGCGCCAACUCUUCCAACCACGUCGGUAGCUUGCUAGCCAACAUAAAAGUGAAAGAUUGACGCUUUAGACCAUGUUAAUGUACAUUAUCUAAUCUCAGUGUUUUAAACACAGUUCUGUUGACGUAUUAACUGGUUAACUGUAACCUAAUUUGCAAACUUGUUAAAGAUUGAUGCUGAGCCUAGCACUAGGCUAGUCGCUAAUGCUAACUAGCUAGCUAACAUCCCUGACCAUGAGCUCAUUAAAGUACUCAUCCCCUGCUAAAGAAGAGGAGGUCUGCUGUUUGGAGAAAGAAGUUCUGGCGCUGAACAUUGAAGAAGAGGAUGAGGUUACAGUGAAAGAAGAGAAAGAAGCUUUUAGAAUGAAAAAGGAGGAAGAUGAGGCUGUUAUAGUGAAGGAAGAAGAUGCUGUUAUAGUGGAAGAACAUUUCAGAAUGAAAAAGGAGGAAGAGGAGACUGUUAUAGUGAAGGAAGAAGAUUUCAGAAUGAAAAAGGAGGAAGAGGAGGCUGUUAUAGUGAUAGAAGAGAAAGAACCGUUUAGAGAGGAACAGGAUGAUAUCUCAAUAAAGGUGAAGGAGGAAGACGUUUUUGGAGUGAAAGAGGAAGAGACAGAAUAUCAGAUUAACACCAGAGAGAGACAUGACUAUGGUGGAUCCUCUGGGGAGCCUCAACAACAUCCUGAUGCUGACGAGGCAGAGAAGAGUCUCUCCAGAUCAGAACACCAGAUGCAGGACAACACUUGCCCUUCCUCCCUCCCGGAGUCCCUGUAUCGUGCCUCUCCCGGUAGCACCUUACUGCUGGGUAUGAAGAGGUUGUCUGUGCUGCUGGUGGACUGCAGGAAAACAACAGGGCUGAGUGGAACUGUGAGAGGAGGAGAAGAGAUGAAAGGAUCAGAUUUGACACAUCAAAGAGAAAGACCAGACUCAGAGGAACCAGAGCCAGGGACGUCCAAACCAGCAAGACGACUCCAGUGCUCCCACUGUGGAAAGAGUUGUAACCAGAAAGCACAGCUGAAAGCUCAUGAGAGAAUACACACAGGGGAGAAAUCUUACCACUGCUCCCAAUGUGGAAUGUGUUUUAACCAUUCAGGGAAGCUGAAACGGCAUGAGAGAAUACACACCGGAGAGAAGCCUUACCACUGCUCCCAAUGUGGUAGGUGUUUCAACCAUCCAUGGGAGCUGAAACGGCAUGAGAGAAUACACACCGGAGAGAAGCCUUACCACUGCUCCCAAUGUGGAAAGUGUUUCGGCCGUUCAGAGGAGCUGAAACAACAUGAGAGAAUACACACAGGAGAGAAGCCUUACCACUGUUCACAGUGUGGAAAGAGUUUUCACCAGAAAGCACACCUGAAAGCUCACGAGAGAAUACACACAGGGGAGAAACCUUACCACUGCUCCCAAUGUGGAAAGUGUUUCGGCCGUUCGGAGGAGCUAAAACAGCAUGAGAGAAUACACACAGGAGAGAAGCCUUACCACUGCUCCCAGUGUGGAAUGUGUUUUAACCAUUCAGGGAAGCUGAAACGGCAUGAGAGAAUACACACCGGAGAGAAGCCUUACCACUGCUCCCAAUGUGGUAGGUGUUUCAACCAUUCAUGGGAGAUGAAACGGCAUGAGAGAAUACACACCGGAGAGAAGCCUUACCACUGCUCCCAAUGUGGAAAGUGUUUCGGCCGUUCGGAGGAGCUGAAACAGCAUGAGAGAAUACACACAGGAGAGAAGCCUUACCACUGCUCCCAGUGUGGAAUGUGUUUCAACCAUUCAGGGACGCUGAAACGGCAUGAGAGAAUACACACCGGAGAGAAGCCUUACCACUGCUCCCAAUGUGGAAAGUGUUUCGGCCGUUCGGGUGAGCUGAAACAACAUGAGAGAAUACACACAGGAGAGAAGCCUUACCACUGCUCCCAGUGUGGAAUGUGUUUCAACCAUUCAGGAUUGCUGAAAUGGCAUGAGAGAAUACACACAGGAGAGAAGCCUUACCACUGCUCCCAAUGUGGAAAGUGUUUCGACCGUUCGGCGGAGCUGAAACAACAUAAGAGAAUACACACAGGAGAGAAGCCUUACUACUGCUCCCAAUGUGGAAAGUGUUUCGGCCGUUCAGACGAGCUGAAACAACAUGAGAGAAUACACACAGGAGAGAAGCCUUACCACUGCUCCCAAUGUGGAAAGUGUUUCAACCAGAGAGGAAACCUGAAACGACAUGAGAGAAUACACACAGGGCAGAAGCCUUACCACUCCUCCCAGGGUGCAAAGCUUUUGCCCAUAUAGGGUGCCUGAAAGAACACAUUAGACUGCACACAGAGGAGAAGGCUUAGAAAAGCUCAGACUGUGGGAAAACAUAGUACUCAUAACAGUCAUUUAAACGUCAUUAGAGAAUCCACACAGGAGAGAGAUAUUACUUCUCUUAGCGUGUAUAUUGAUAUUUCACAUCACAUUGACUUAAAAAUCAUCAGAGAACAUACACAGUGCUCCCGUUGUCUUAUAUUGUUGACUGACAAUGUGUUUACCUGUCUUUACCAGAUGAAAUUAAAUGGUACAGGGUAUACUUAAACAUAUAUUUGUUUGUUUUUAUUAGAAAACAUGAAGUGAAUAUGGAGUCUGUCAGUUUGAAUAUAAAGAAGAUCAGGUUCCUUCUUUUAAACUGUCCUUUUUUUAAACUCUGUGUGUUUAUCUGGGUGUGUCAUUCCUCCAGCACUACAGAUAAUCAAGUGAUAUUUGGAUGUGAUGCAUUAGUUCCAUUGUUGACAUUUGCAUUGUAGCCCACUGAUGAUUUAAUGAAAUAAAAAUGUUCACAACCUUGUGAAACUGUCCUAUUAUAAGCUCCUGUUCUUGGGAGUAUCAUCCUGUGUUGCAAACCAAUUUGCACCUGUGUCCUUGUAUGAAUAAAGUCCCUCCCAGGAACAGGAAACUAUAAAGAUAUGUGCUCAUCACCCAAUGCUUCAGGAAUUCAGACUGUCUACACUGCGCUGUGUAACUCUGUUAUUCUCUCUGAGCUCAGAAAUAAAGAAUCUUGGUUUGA